ACACAAUAUGAGUCUACGACAAGCAACAACACCCAAACAAAUGCUUAUUUUUAAGACAUAUUUUCGUAGUAAAAACUCUUGGAAUAUACAAAAUCUACUUAUAUCCUGAGAUAAGGUCUUUUCAAGAUAAUACUAGGCAGUUUCUAGUGAGAUGCCGCGUCGUAAAGUGAAGAAAAAGGGUGGUGCCCGAUGUGGGGACAGUAGUGAAGGAGACACAGAGGAGACAGGGAGCAUGACCAGCAGUCAUCUUUCAGAACCAGAUAGCAUCAUCGAGGAAGGUUUUGAGGCGGCUGAUAAUGUCCGUGCUGAUGAGUCCGACGCUCAGGAACUCUUGGAAGACAAGAUCAAGGAGUACAUUGAUGGAACCACCCAGAAAAGUGUAAACGGACGUCAGAAAUGUUUGGAUGGACUGAAGAAAUGUCUGACACAGAAAGUUCUGACUGACUUUAUAUCGGAGAGGAAAAUAACCAUCGCGGACUGUAUGGAACGCUGCAUCAAAAAAGGAAAGGGUGACGAGCAGGCAUUGGCUGCCAGUGUUGGUACCCUACUAUUGAUUCAGUUGGGUGCCGGUGAUGACAGUGAAGGCAUCUUCAAUGACCUACGACCUAUCCUCAAGGCGACCCUGUCCGACAAGACGGCUUCACCAAAGGGCAGAGCAAGUUGUGCCUUAUUUCUUGGGCUUGGGUGUUUCCUAGCUGCGGAAGAUUACGAGACUGUGCAGGAGAGCAUGGAUGCCCUGGAAGAAGUAUUUAGAUUAUCGUAUCUAAAGGGAGAUGGCACAGCGCCCUCGCACAGCCCAGCCGUCUCGGCGCUGCAUUGCGCGGCACUGUCUGCAUGGACCCUGUUACUAUCUAUCACACCACCAUCCCGUGUUUCAAAACUUGUGGAUAGCCAUUUAAGUAAACUUCCUAGUCUCCUACACAGCGAUGAUGUCAGCCUGAGGAUCGAGGCGGGAGAGUCCAUUGCUAUGCUUUAUGAGUUAGCCAGGGAGCAGAAUGAAGACUUCGACAUGGAGAAUGUUGAGGAGUUAUUGGUUAGUCUACGAGGCUUAGCAACAGACAGCAAUAAAUACAGAGCUAAGAAAGACAGACGUCAGCAACGGUCUAGCUUCAGAGAUAUCAUCAGAACGAUUGAGGAAAACGACAUCCCGCAUGAGAUUAUCAAGUUUGGGCCAGAGAUUCUAGAAUUAGACGGCUGGGUGAAGAAGCGACAGUACGGGGCAUUCCGUGAGUCUCUAGGUUCAGGGACCAAUAUCCACCUACAAGAGAAUCUACUGCUAAGGGAUAUCUUUGGUCUAGGGGCGCCCAUCAUCGUAUCUGGGCCUGGGGCACCGAAGAAAGCCAACAGAAUAGAAAGACAUCAUUAUAACUCGCAAGCCUUCAAAGCUAGAACUAAAAUCCGCAGCAAACAACGGGACAAAAGAACGGCGAUCAUUUAACGUCAUCCCAGCAUUAGACAAUCCUCUGCCUCUAAUCAUGCUAGUAAGAAUUGUAUAUAUGAAAAUACCUCAAAUUAUUCACUUUCAUUUUUUCAAAUUAUUUGAAUAAUGUCCUGUACAGUGACUUGCAUAAUCACAAGCACAAAUUUGAAUUCCUUAAAGGAUUUGGGUACUUUUUGUACGACAGAAAAAACAAUGUCACAGAUUUACAUUAAAUCUGACACGGUUUGAUGAUAAUGCUGGUAGAAAGUUUUACUUAUAAUGUUACUUGCUGAGGUGCUGUAGUAAUUUUAGAAAUGAGCAAAACAAUGUCACAAAAAUAAUGUUCAUCUCAGAAGACGAAAAAUAAUUUGAGCAUGUACAGCGUGUUUACUAGUAUUGGUAAAUACCGAUACUAGUAAUUACGGUGUUUUGUGUCCAACAAAAAGUACCCAAACCCCUUAACAUUAGAGACAGUUCUUAAGUCACAUGGUUCAGGGCAAGCCUUAACAUUUGUAAUCUCUCAGACGAGAGACAGUUGCUACUUCACAUGGUUCGGGGCAAGCAUUUCCAUAGUUUUGUAAGAGAUGGUGAACACCCGUACACAAUUCUGAAUGAAUGUGUAUGGCACUUAAAGGGAAGGUACACAUUUGGUAAUUGUCAAAGACCAGUCU